AUUUACGUAAAGCUGUGUAAUCAGCCACUAAUGCGGACAGCGUCAGUCACGUGACUCACGUUCAGCGCUCGUGCUGUACUGAGUGAGGAUAAGUUUUACAGGCGCUCCGAGAUAUUUCACUUCGUUUACCAUGAUUUCCCGGGAAGAAGUCCUCAAGCCCAUAUGGCACGCCUUUACUGCUCUGGACAUGGACCGAAACGGCAAAGUAUCGAAAUCCCAGCUUAAGGUACUGUCCCACAACUUGUGCACCGUACUGAGAAUCCCCCAUAACUCUUCAGCUCUGGAGGAGCACUUCAAAGAUGAUAAUGAGGGACCAGUGUCGACACAAGGGUACAUGCCCUACCUUAACACGUUCAUACUUAAUAAGAUCCAGCCCAACUUUGAUUUCAACGACCUGAAUAAGAUGUGCUGGACUCUGUGUGCGCCAAAGCACAUCAGCGACAAGCACCUGCUCAUCUCUGGAGUUGAUGCCUUCAAGGUCUGGUGUAUCUUCAACUUCCUGUCUGAAGAUAAAUAUCCAUUACAUAUAGUCACAGAAGAGAUCGAGUACUUCCUGCACAAGCUGUUAGCAGCCAUGAGUUACAGCUGGAAUGAGGGCCGGUUUGAAGACUACAAAAUGCAGCUCAUCAUAGAAAAGCAUAAUCUCAGUGCCUGGGAGCUGAUUGAGCUAAUUGGCAUGGGCCAUUUCACCAAGGGCAUAAAUCCUAAGAUCCUCUCCAUGGGAAUCAAUGAAGUCUAUCAAGAACUUAUACUGGAUAUUAUAAAACAGAGCUAUAUGACAAAAAAAGGACACAAAAGGAAAAACUGGAAUGAGCGAUGGUUUGAGCUGCAUCUCACCUACAUGUCAUAUUAUGUGAGUGAAGACCUCACAGAGCAGAAGGGAUGUAUUUUACUGGAUCACAACUGCUGUGUUGAGUCCCUACCAGACAAAGAUUUGAGGAAAAACCUCUUCAUUAUAAAAUGUGUUGAAAAAAGUUUUGAGAUCAGUGCACCGGAUAAAAAGUCAAAACAGGAAUGGAUUCAAGCUGUCCAGGACUGCAUUGUCCGCAUAAGGCAAGGCCUUUCCUCCUCGCAACGUGAGGCCAGACAGAAACGAAGGGAACAGAGGAACCGAAUGAAAGCUGAACAGGAGACCAUAGAGAGCAGAUUGAGACAGCUUCAACUGGCCAGCGAAAGCAAGCAGGCCCAGCUGGAGGCCACGAGUAAGAAUCUACAGGAAGCAGCAAUCAGUGAUGUUAUAGAGAAACAGAGAAGAAUUCAAAAACAAGAAGAACUUCUGGACCAGUACAAAAAGGACCUGGAGGAAGAGAAAAUGGCUCGAAAGCAGAUGGAAGAACAGGUGGCUGAAAAGACCAGUGAACUGGAGCAAUACUGGCAGCGUGUGAAGGAACUGGAAGAAAUGUACAGUCAACUUGAAGAGGCACUAGAGGACGAGAGGCAGGCCAAACAGGACGAAGAAGCCCUGAGCAAACUGCAGGCCAGGUUACUUGAAGAGGAGGCAAGCAAGAGGCUUGAAUUGGAGCAGAUUUACUUGCAGCAGCAAGAAGUCAUAACUCAGACUCAAAAGGAGAAAAAGGAGCUUGAGAAGGAACGGCUGGAGAAGGAGCAGGCCCUGCAGGAUGCAAAGGAGCAUCUUGCAAGACUAGAAAAACAGAGAGAGGGGGCACAAGAGGAGUACAUGGCAGUUACAAAGAAAUUGCAGCGGGCAACUAACAAGACAAAGACUUGGAAACACAAAGUCACCGAACAUGAGAGCUUAAUACGACUCAUUCAACCAGGCACCAAGUCUCCUUUAAAAAUCACAAACUGGGGACAGUCAGCUUUCACUGAAGCAGAGUUGGAUCAGAUAGAGAAGAUGUGGCAGGAGGGCAAGAAUAGAUCACGCGAUGGACAGUAACACCUGAUGCGUCCAUUUCCAUUACCAUUUACUUUUUCUUUUUUUAUAUAUUUUUUUAAUGGCAGGCAGUCUUCAUUCUGAUGGCUAUGUUACUGGUUAAAUCUUUUCACUGAAAUGUGUUUUUAUUCAAUGUUUCUGUAAUCAUGUGCUCAUAUAAUGAUAUGUCAGUAGAUAAAUUAUGUGGAAUUGAUUUGUAUUUACUGUAAUUUAAUGUAAAGUGUGACAGCCACACUUCAUUUUAGGUAAACCAUAUAUAUAUAUACAGGUGCAUCUCAAUAAAUUAGAAUAUCGUGGAA